GCUGAAACUGACACAAAGUAGCGGGCUGAGGCCCCGGGGGGAGCGGGGCUGCAGCUCGGGGGGCUACAGCUGCGGGGAGUGAGCCGAGCGCCCCCCGCCGCAGCCCCCGGCAUGGGCUGGACGGGGCCUCCGGGGCGGGCGCCGGGCGCGGAGCGCUGAGGGUCUCCCAUGGGAUUGCUGGGACCUUGCUGGGUGAGAUGGCACUGUGUGCAAAAAAGCGCCCCCCAGCUCCUGCACCUCCCCGGGGGGCCUCGGCGCCGCUGAGGCCCAGGACAGACAGACAAUCUGCGCUCCCUCCGCUCAAACCGGGAUCAUGACGGUCCCCAAGGAGAUGCCAGAGAAGUGGGCCCGGGUCGGGACGCCCCCCUCCUGGAGUGGAAAGAAGCCCUCUUGGGGGACAGAAGAAGAAAGGAGGGCGCGGGCCAAUGACCGAGACUACAAUGAGAAAUUCCAGUAUGCGAGUAACUGCAUCAAGACCUCCAAGUACAAUAUUCUCACCUUCCUGCCUGUCAACCUCUUUGAGCAGUUCCAAGAAGUUGCCAAUACCUACUUCCUGUUCCUUCUCAUUCUGCAGUUGAUCCCACAGAUCUCGUCCCUGUCCUGGUUCACCACCAUCGUGCCUUUGGUUCUUGUCCUCACCAUCACAGCUGUUAAAGAUGCCACUGAUGACUAUUUCCGCCACAAGAGUGAUAACCAGGUGAAUAACCGUCAGUCUCAGGUGCUGAUCAAUGGAAUCCUCCAGCAAGAGCAGUGGAUGAAUGUCUGUGUCGGUGAUAUUAUCAAGUUAGAAAAUAACCAGUUUGUGGCGGCGGAUCUCCUCCUCCUUUCCAGCAGUGAGCCCCAUGGGCUGUGUUACAUAGAGACUGCAGAACUCGACGGAGAGACCAACAUGAAGGUACGUCAGGCGAUUCCUGUCACCUCGGAACUGGGAGACAUCAGUAAGCUUGCCAAGUUUGAUGGUGAAGUGAUUUGCGAACCUCCCAACAACAAACUAGACAAAUUCAGUGGAACCCUCUACUGGAAGGAGAACAAAUUCCCCCUGAGCAACCAGAACAUGCUGCUACGGGGCUGUGUGCUUCGAAACACCGAAUGGUGCUUCGGGCUGGUCAUUUUUGCAGGUCCUGACACUAAGCUGAUGCAAAACAGUGGCCGGACAAAGUUCAAGAGAACAAGUAUUGAUCGCCUCAUGAAUACACUGGUGCUCUGGAUUUUUGGAUUCCUGGUCUGCAUGGGGGUGAUCCUGGCCAUUGGCAAUGCCAUCUGGGAGCAUGAGGUCGGGACCCGCUUCCAGGUCUACCUGCCAUGGGAUGCGGCGGUGGACAGUGCCUUCUUCUCUGGCUUCCUCUCCUUCUGGUCCUACAUCAUCAUCCUCAACACCGUCGUGCCCAUAUCGCUCUAUGUCAGUGUGGAGGUCAUCCGUCUGGGCCACAGCUACUUCAUCAACUGGGAUAAGAAGAUGUUCUGCAUGAAGAAGCGGACGCCGGCAGAGGCCCGCACCACCACCCUGAACGAGGAGCUGGGCCAGGUGGAGUACAUCUUCUCCGACAAGACAGGCACCCUCACCCAGAACAUCAUGGUCUUCAACAAGUGCUCCAUCAACGGCCACAGCUACGGUGACGUGUUCGAUGUCCUGGGACACAAAGCUGAACUGGGAGAGAGGCCCGAACCUGUUGACUUCUCCUUCAAUCCUCUGGCCGACAAGAAGUUCUUAUUUUGGGACCCCACCCUCUUAGAGGCUGUCAAGAUGGGGGAUCCCCACACACACGAGUUCUUCCGCCUCCUUUCCCUGUGUCAUACUGUCAUGUCGGAAGAGAAGAGUGAAGGGGAGCUGUACUACAAAGCCCAGUCCCCGGACGAGGGGGCCCUGGUCACUGCAGCCAGGAACUUUGGUUUUGUAUUCCGCUCUCGUACCCCUAAAACCAUCACUGUCCAUGAGUUGGGCACCGCCAUCACCUACCAGCUCCUGGCCAUCCUGGAUUUCAACAAUAUCCGCAAACGGAUGUCAGUCAUAGUGCGGAAUCCGGAGGGGAAGAUCCGACUCUACUGCAAAGGGGCUGACACGAUCCUGCUGGACAGACUCCACCACUCCACCCAAGAGCUGCUCAACACCACCGCUGACCACCUGAAUGAGUAUGCCGGGGACGGACUGAGGACCCUGGUGCUGGCCUACAAGGACCUGGAUGAAGAGUACUAUGAGGACUGGGCUGAAAGGCGCCUGCAGGCCAGCUUGGCCCAGGACAGCCGGGAGGACAGGCUGGCCAGCGUGUACGAGGAGGUUGAGAGCGACAUGAUGCUGCUGGGUGCCACAGCCAUUGAGGACAAGCUGCAGCAAGGGGUUCCGGAGACCAUCGCCCUCCUGACUCUGGCCAACAUCAAGAUUUGGGUGCUCACUGGAGACAAACAAGAGACGGCCGUGAACAUUGGCUACUCCUGCAAGAUGCUGACAGACGACAUGACGGAAGUGUUUAUUGUCACUGGCCACACUGUCCUGGAAGUGCGGGAAGAGCUCAGGAAGGCCCGGGAGAAGAUGAUGGAUUCACCGCGCACCGUGGGCAACGGCUUCGUCUACCAGGAGAAGCUCUCUUCUUCCAAGCUCACUUCUGUCCUGGAAGCCGUGGCUGGGGAGUACGCCCUGGUCAUUAAUGGGCACAGCCUGGCGCAUGCGCUAGAGGCAGACAUGGAGCUGGAGUUUCUGGAGACAGCCUGUGCCUGCAAAGCUGUCAUCUGCUGCCGGGUGACCCCCUUGCAGAAGGCACAAGUGGUGGAGCUGGUAAAGAAGUACAAGAAGGCUGUGACGCUGGCCAUUGGGGAUGGAGCCAAUGACGUCAGCAUGAUCAAAACCGCUCACAUCGGUGUGGGCAUCAGCGGGCAGGAAGGGAUCCAGGCUGUCCUGGCCUCUGACUACUCCUUCUCCCAGUUCAAGUUCCUGCAGCGCCUUCUGCUGGUGCACGGGCGCUGGUCCUACCUGCGCAUGUGCAAGUUCCUCUGUUAUUUCUUCUACAAGAACUUUGCUUUCACCAUGGUCCACUUCUGGUUCGGCUUCUUCUGUGGCUUCUCGGCCCAGACUGUCUAUGACCAGUAUUUCAUCACCCUUUAUAACAUUGUGUACACCUCCCUCCCAGUUCUGGCUAUGGGGGUCUUCGAUCAGGAUGUCCCAGAGCAGCGAAGCAUGGAGUACCCCAAGCUCUACGAGCCGGGCCAGCUGAACCUCCUCUUUAACAAGCGGGAGUUCUUCAUCUGCAUCGCCCAGGGCAUCUACACCUCCGUGUUCAUGUUCUUCAUCCCCUAUGGGGUGUUCGCUGAGGCCACCCGGGAUGAUGGCACCCAGCUGGCCGACUACCAGUCGUUUGCAGUCACUGUGGCCACUUCGCUGGUCAUAGUGGUCAGUGUGCAGAUCGGCUUGGACACAGGCUACUGGACAGCCAUCAACCACUUCUUCAUCUGGGGCAGCCUGGCUGUUUACUUUGCCAUCCUCUUUGCCAUGCACAGCAAUGGGCUCUUUGACAUGUUUCCGAACCAGUUUCGAUUUGUGGGUAAUGCCCAGAACACCCUGGCCCAGCCCACGGUGUGGCUGACCAUCGUCCUCACCACGGUCGUCUGCAUCAUGCCUGUGGUUGCCUUUCGUUUCCUCAAGCUGAGCCUGAAGCCUGAUCUCUCUGACACGGUCCGCUUCCAGCUGGUGCGGAAGAAGCAGAAGGCCCAGCACCGCUGCAUGCGCAGGGUGGGACGCACGGGUUCCCGGCGCUCGGGCUACGCCUUCUCCCACCAGGAGGGCUUCGGGGAGCUCAUCAUGUCUGGCAAAAACAUGCGGCUCAGCUCCCUCGCACUCUCCAGCUUCACCACCCGGUCCAGCUCCAGCUGGAUUGAGAGCCUGCGCAGGAAGAAGAGUGACUGCGCUGGCAGCCCCAGUGGGGGACCCGACAAGCCCCUCAAGGGGUGACAGCUGGGACUGGGCCGCCCUGGCGGGGGUCAGGGCACGUGGGGGCGGGCCAGCAUCUCAGAACUGUGGGUCCUCGUCCUUGCCCCCCUUCUCCCCUGGUAGGCUGUCCUGCUGGUCCCAAGUGCUGCUGGGGUGUCCCCAGCCUGGAGGGUGGAGGUGGAGGGACCCACGGGCAGGGGCUGAGGCAUCAGGAACCAGCCCCAGUGGGGGGCCAGACGUGGAACCAAAAACAAGAAAAAA